CAGGUCAGGUGAAAUGUACUCACAGUGGGUAGGUUUCAGUCGUGGCAGCAGUGAGUGAUACAGUAAAUUUGAAAGUUUGAUUGUAUCCAGUCAAUAUGUUUACAUGAGUUUCAUAAAAAGUCAGAGGUCAUUGUGUGCUCGUGACUUGGUGGUGUAUUGUUCGAAAUCUAUUUAUUAUACUGUAGGCCCUGGUUUAAGGAGGACGAGUCUGACGACCAAGCAAGGCUAGCUAGGCGAGACUGGCCAGAGAGUACGUGUGUGUAUGCAGACAGAUAUGCCUUCACCAUCAUUUCCAAUAUAUUAGUGUAUGUAAUCUGUUGGGUGCUUAUAGAUGCUGUUAUGGUGUCCAAGAACGGAAAUCUUUCCCCAGCCGACAAGCCUCAGUUUAUGCAAUUGUCAUUCAUAGUGGUUGGGAUUGGACUGGUAUUUGCAUUUAUCUUUCACAUUGGAACCAAAGAAAAGCCCUCAGGUGUGCACGGAUAUUCAGGGGGUGACUCCAUCCAGGUAAACAGUCCCAUUAAAAAGCCUAUGAAGUGGAGAUGCUGGCUGAAACAGUCUCAAUUCCACCAGGUUGCCUUGGUAUACAUGUGUGCCAGAUUAAUGGUGAACAUAUCACAAGUUUACAUUCCAAUGUAUCUUUUAGAAAGUUUAAAAUUAAAUAAAGACUCAAUUGCCAUCAUUCCAUUAGUAGUGUAUGUCAGUAGUUUUGUGGCAUCAACAUUUGUUAAGUUUUUAAAUGAUCAUUUGGGAAGGAAGAUAACCUAUGGUUUGGGGGCACUGUUGGUUCUUGGUGCCUGUAUUGGCUUCUAUAUCCAAAAUAUUGGCAAAUAUGUGUAUAUACCAACAGUGUUACUUGGAAUUGGAGGUUCUACUGUUCUGGUGACCUCACUCUCUAUGACAGCUGACCUGAUUAAUCUCAACACCGAGAAUUGUGCAUUUGUGUAUGGAGCUAUGAGUUUCACAGACAAGCUGUCAAAUGGAAUUGCAAUUGCUGUUAUACAACAGAUGCACCCUUGCAAGACCUCUGCUUGUUGUGCUAAAUGUGCAUGGUUUUACCGUGACAUUCUGUCGUUUGUACCUGGAGCAGCGGCAGUACUUUCCCUAUUGGUUCUUCUCACCUUAAUUCCGGUCAAUAUUGGCAAAAGAGAUGGUGUCACUCCAGAUGAUGUUACCGAUGAUGAAAGAAAAGCGCUCCUUUCAGGUACAACAAACAAAGAAUUGUAUGACUCUUACAACCAACCAGCCUCAAACGCCACAGCUUGAAAAGUGCCUUCAGUUACAAGGUUCCAGCUUUUAAAAGGAAGCUUUGAAUACAAUGGUCAGCAUGAUAAUGGUUAAGAUGAUGGUGGGAAUGGUUAUUCUGAUGAUGAUAACAGAUAGUGAUGAUGAUGAUGAGCAUGAGAAUGGCAUGUUUGUGAUGAUAGAGAACAAGAAAUUGAUAAGUGUGAUCAUGGAGCUUUAUGAUUUUGAUGAGAGGAAACCAUUAUAUUGUUGGCUGGGAAAGCUUAAGAAAUUCUGACUUCAAAUACUUCUGGCUUGUAUGAUCUCCGGUACCCUGGAGAACAUUGUAAAUAUAUAAGCGAAUAUAAAUUUUUCGUGUUUUUUUUUACCCUCAAAAAGACAAUGAUGAUGAUAAUGCCAUUGUUGUGUUGAUAGACAAGAAGAGUAUAAUAAGCAACAUUUAUAUUUUGUGAUAAUGAUAACGGCAGUUGGUGUUGUUAGUUGAUGGUAAGAAUGAUGAGGAUGAUAAUGUUGAUGUUAGUGAACACAGUUGUUGUAGAUGAUGAUGAUGAAUAAGGACUAUAUUGAUGACAAUGAAAUGGUUGUGAUAAUAAGCUGAGCUUUGCAACUUGACUCAACUGACCUCAAUUGACCUUUGUGAGGUGACACAAGCACUCUUAUGUCCUGUUGAGCUCAGUUGCCCAUGUUGUAUUUUGUUGUGAUUCAAAGCAAGCGAUUGAAUGGUCGAGUAAUGUAUCAAAUUAUGGUUAUGUUGCAUAACCAUAAUUAGUUAAUCUGCAGCUCUACCUGGUUGCUUUUAGUUGUAGUAGUCAACAUGAGCACUACCAGCUACUAGCUGAGGUCAGUCGAUGUUGAUUUUGUUGAGUCAAGUGGCAAGGGCAACAUAAGCUUAGCUGUAGCCAGAAAGAGUACAUAAAAAUUAUAUAGUUGCAGUUAGUGUGUGUUUGAUGUUAUAUUUUACAUAUAUUUUUUUACUUGUCAUAGUUGAAUAACAUCCACACAAAGAUAAAAGAUCCUAAUGAUUCAAUCAAAGGUCAACAAAAUUUACAAAAAUCAUAUUUUGUGGGUGGGGAUCGUCAUGUAGUUAAGAUAAGUAUAAUUAUGAUAUUUUUAUGAUACAGAUAAUGGUAAAGAAGAGUAUAAUGAUAGUAAUGAUGAUGUUAAUAAUAUAAAUGAAGGAGAUGGCACUCCUUUGUGAGAAGGCAUAAUGAUGAGUAUUAUCUUGCCUGAAUCAUUUUAUACAAUUGUUAUCAUCCUCAUCAUCAUCAUUCACAAAAUUAUAUAACAUAAUUUGACGGGUAUUAUUGCUCUUGAUAUUUAUGUAACAAUAUGCACAACUAAACAUGUUUUUGUCAUCAUUGACAGAAUUAUAUUUCAUGUUAUACUGUUCUGUAUAGACAUUAUGUAUUAUAUAUAUGAAUAAUUUAUAUACAUUUAGACCACUCCUGUGCUAUUCCUUGGCAAUAACAUGUAUGAUUAAAAUAACUUACACAUACAUACAUUUUCAAGCAAUAGUUAAGGAACUUGUUUGUUGAUGGACUAUGGCCAUAUGGUCUUUACACCAUUGUUCCUUUAUCACAGUGCAAUGCAGCAACACAGAUUAUAUUGUUUGUUACUGCACAUUUACAUACUAGUGCAAAUCAUUUUAAAAGCCAAAUUUGUAAUAUGCUCUACUUUCUUGCAUUGAAUGAAUGAUUAAAGAUUGAAACAGGUUAUAAUACCUUCUUUAGUAAUUCAUUUUAAAUAGAAUAUUUCAAUCAAGUACUUAAGAAUUUAUUGUAAUACUGUAUAUAAACAUACCACUAACUGUGAUUACAGUAUUUGUAUAUUUGGGAUUAUUAGCCUCCCCAAAGGAGCGAAGGUCCAGGGAGGCUAUUGUUUUACCCAUGUUCUUCUUCAUGCUGUUAUCAUUGUUGUUGAUUAAUUGUUUGUUACCACAAUAACUAAAGUUUGGUAAUUCCGAUUGGUUUUAAAUUGGUAGAAUGCAAGGUGGAAUUAAGAAGGCGGAGCCAAAUUUUUUUGAUACUUGUGUGAAUAUGCUAAUUGCUCAUUUACAUAAUUUAUAUUUCACUAAGGUAAUUUAGGCUAGUACCAUGAUAACUAAAGAUUGGUAAGUCCGAUUGGUUUCAAAAGUGGUAGAAUGCAAGAAGGUAAGAAGAAGAGGGAGCCUAUUGUUUUUGGUAUGUGUGUAAAUAUGUUAAUUGCUAAUUUACAUAAUAAAUAUUUCACUAAUCAGGUAAUUUAGGUUAGUUACCAUGAUAACUAAAGUUUGGUAAUUCCAAUUGGAUUCAAACUAUGUAAGAUAGCUGUAAUAAGACUAUGUAGCCGGUUGUUUUUGGAAUGUGUGGGAAUAUGCUAAUUUGCAUAAUUGAUAUUUCACCUUUUAGCUUAUUUCAAGACUAGUUACAAUGAUAACUACAGUGUGGUAAGUCUGAUUGGUUUCAAACUUUGCACAAUGGUGUUAAAAAUUUGUUUGCUACGACAAUAACUGGAGUUCGGUAAGUCUGAUUGGUCUCAAACUCCUACUCAUCAGUUCUCAGAAAAAAAUCACACCGUGGGGAGGCAAUGCUUUACUGUGCAGCCUAAAAGGUGCAUUUCUACGUUUCCUUCGUGCCUUGUAUUUUAAUGUUUUAUAUUUUUCAUCAUUUCAUUCAUUUCUUUACAAUUGUUACAUGGACAUUUGCUAGCUCAGCAACCAUUGACUUUUGAUUACUGUAUUGUUUAUAUAUUAUUUGAUUGAAUAUUGUUAGCUGUUUAAGGACAAAAAGAAAUUUGAUCAGAAGCACGUAGAUUAAAUAAUGUAAAGUGGUUAUACUUUAGUACUCCAUGGAAAUAUUCCUCUGAGGUUAUCAGAAAAUCCCAAUAUAAUUUAUAUUAAUAUUUAUUUGUUUCAAUGUUUAGUAAUUUUGAUGUGAAUGUAUGAGACUUGUUUCUAGUGAAAAAUUUUGUGAUGAUUUCACUAUGUUUUCGUUUUCUUUAUUAUUUCCCCAUCUAGAUGGCCAUCGAAAACAUCUUGCAUAUUUAAACAUUUUGAAUCUGUAAAUAUUCCAUACCUACCUGAUUUGUUAGGAGGUGGAAUUGCCUCCUCCAUUAGAAUAAUAUAUAUGAUUUGAUAUAAGAAUAAUAAUGUAUAAUAUAUAAUACAGUAUAAUGUAAUAUAUAUAUGUUAUGUAACAUAAAAAAAAUAAUUGUAUAUUCCAUGUAUAUUUUGGUGAUAAAAUUUAAUAUAUUUGGAGACAAAGCCUAAACAUAUUGUUAUGUUGUCCAAUCAUACUUCUUUCUAUAGGCAUAGACUCAAUUUCUAGGAUUCUUGUCAGCCCUUCAGAUGGUACAGAUGGUACAUGUUAUUUCCUUGGCUAAAAACCAUUGUUCAGGUAUCAAAUUAUUUGUGAUAUUUAUAUUCUGUAAUAAUGUAAUAAUAUAUUGAACCAUAUGUAUGUAUCCACUGUAACUGAUAUAAGCUAUCUAUUUUUCAAUGUUAACUUUUUUCCUAUUCUUACCUAUAUUUUGACUAUUACUAAUAAAUGUGUCACUUUCUUACAGUA